AUGCCACCCUCGCGCAUUCUAGACUCGCACAUCCACCUCUGGCCCUCAACUUCCACCGCCUCUACAGACCAUGGCUGGAUGACAGACCCUGCUCACUUCCUCGCCAGGCGCCACGGAAUCUCAGACUACAAAGCUGUCGUCAGCGCCGCUCCAGCCGGUCCCUCCCUCUCCGGCUUCGUUUACGUAGAGACGGACCGCUACCUCCCCUCGCGAACACCUGACAUCAGCCCGGAAGCAAGUGAAGAUCAAACCAAGAGAGCGUUGGAGAAGUGGGCCAAGGCCCCGCUUGACGAGCUGAGGUUUCUGAGACGUAUUGUGGAGGAGUCGCCUCACGAGGGCGAUGGGUUCGAGCGCGGGGAUGGCGACAAGAUGAAAGGAGCCGUCGUGUGGGCGCCGUUCCACCUCGCGCCCUCGCUCCUCCAGUCCUAUCUCGCGAUUGCCGAGAGCGUCGCGGGCGAGAAACUGUGGGGGAGAAUCGCGGGGUUUAGGUAUCUGCUGCAGGGGAAGGAGAAGGGAGAAGUGACGAAGCUCGUUGGCAGUGACGACUGGGUAAAGAACAUUGCCGGUUUGGGCAAAGGGAGGCAAGGAAAGGGGUGGGCGUUUGAUGUCGGCGUCGACAUCCACCGUGAUGGACCGGAGCCGCUGGGGGCUGUGGGUGAGAUGAUCCGGAGGGUGAGGGAACAAGAGGCCGAGAGCGGAGCGGAGACGAAGCCUGUGCGUUUCGUUCUAAAUCACUUGUGCAAACACGCCCUUGCUUCCGACUCGCAAACAGAGCCCACCAAAGAGUGGCAGGCUGCUCUGGCAGCCCUUGGGCCUGAUCAGAACGUCUUCAUGAAGCUGUCUGGGGCUUUCAACGAGUUCGAUAGCGCCACCCCAUCGACUGCUGCUGACCUGGUCCAUUCUCUAAGCUCAAUCGUGCCCAAGGUGUUUGAGGCAUUCCCUGAAAGAGUCAUGUUCGGGUCUGACUGGCCAGUGUGCAACGUCGGGGGCCCGGCGGGAGAGGAAGCAAACUGGGGUGUGUGGGUGGAGAGUGUGGAACGGUUGCUGGAAGAAGCAAAGGUCGGGGGAGAGAGCAGAGACUCGGUCUGGUGGGGGGCGGGAAGCAGAGCGUACGGCGUUUAG